AUGAAGUUCAACUCCGCUGCUAUUGUAGCCAUCUUGGCCUACACCACCUUAGCUCUGCCAACGCCAUCCCCAGGCAAAACCGAUGUUGGCAAAGUUGAUCUUGAGAGCCGAAAUGGCAAGAUGGAUGUCGGCAAGGUUGACCUUGAACGACGAAACGGCAAGAUGGAUGUUGGCAAGGUUGAUCUUGAACGUCGAAACGGCAAGAUGGAUGUCGGCAAAGUUGAUCUUGAGCGUCGAAACGGCAAGAUGGAUGUCGGCAAGGUUGACCUUGAACGACGAAACGGCAAGAUGGAUGUCGGCAAGGUUGACCUUGAACGACGAAACGGCAAGAUGGAUGUCGGCAAGGUUGACCUUGAACGUCGAAACGGCAAGAUGGAUGUUGGCAAGGUUGAUCUUGAACGUCGAAAUGGUAAGAUGGAUGUUGGCAAGGUUGAUCUUGAACGACGAAACGGCAAGAUGGAUGUCGGCAAGGUUGACCUUGAACGUCGAAACGGCAAGAUGGAUGUUGGCAAGGUUGACCUUGAACGUCGAAAUGGUAAGAUGGAUGUUGGUAAGGUUGAUCUUGAGCGUCGAAACGGCAAGACAGACGUCAGCAAUGUCGAAGACAAAUAUUAA